CACUGCUGCACCCUCCCUACCCAAGACUACCUUAGAUCUGCUGCUGAUGAUUUCCGAAUUGUUUAUCGCUGUGUAAAAUAUUAGAGAUUCAAAAGACGGAAAAUACCAGAAACGAGCGGCAUUUCUCUUCUAUAUAUUUUCCUCCAAAAUAUUAAUCGAGCGAUCAAUCCGUCAAGUCCCGCUUGCACUCCACCAACCCCUCGUCUCGUCGUCGUUGUCCUUGAAUCUCGAAAGACCCGCACGCACCACCUACCCUCCCCCCACCUCCACAGUACCUACCGAACUCCCACCCCCCCCCUUCCCUCGAACCACGACCGCAGGCGCACCAACAAUACCGCCUCCCUCCACCACACCAGCGCCAUGGCCACCGUACCAAAGCCAGGUCCGGCAAACCUCCGGCCGGGCGCCGGGCUGGACGAGUGGCUCGAGGAGGCCAAGCAAUGCCACUACCUGCCCGAGCACGUCAUGAAGCAGCUUUGCGAGAUGGUCAAGGAGGUUCUGAUGGAGGAGUCCAACAUCCAGCCCGUCGUCACCCCCGUCACAAUAUGCGGCGACAUCCACGGCCAGUUCUACGACCUGCUGGAACUGUUCCGCGUGGCCGGCGGCAUGCCCGGCGAGUCGAACGUGCAGGCGCCCAUGACGAGCACAACCGUGAUCACAUCCGACGACAUCGAGCCGCCGACGGAAAUCACGGACCCGAAGCUGAAAGGCAAAGUCAAAAACGCGGGGGCGGCAGGGGAGGACGAUGCUGGCAAGGAUGGCGGCGGCGGCGGCGGCGGCGACGGCGACGGCGACGACACCAUUGCAGAGCCACAAGAGGAAACUACACACACAGCGCCGCCCGCCGAUGCCGGCGUGCAAUCGGCCGACACCCGCUUCGUCUUCCUCGGCGACUUUGUCGACCGGGGCUACUUCAGCUUGGAGACGUUUACACUCCUCAUGUGUCUGAAAGCAAAAUACCCGGACAGGAUAGUUCUCGUCCGCGGCAACCACGAGUCGCGCCAAAUAACACAGGUGUACGGCUUUUACGAGGAAUGCCAGCAAAAGUACGGGAACGCGUCGGUGUGGAAGGCGUGCUGCCAGGUAUUCGACUUUUUGGUGCUGGCGGCCAUCGUGGACGGGACGGUGCUGUGCGUGCACGGGGGCCUGAGCCCCGAGAUCCGCACCAUCGACCAGAUCCGCGUGGUGGCGCGCGCCCAGGAGAUCCCGCACGAGGGCGCCUUCUGCGACCUGGUCUGGAGCGACCCGGAGGACAUCGAGACGUGGGCCAUCAGCCCGCGCGGCGCCGGCUGGCUGUUCGGCCACAAGGUCGCCACCGAGUUCAACCACGUCAACGGGCUGCAGACCAUCGCCCGCGCCCACCAGCUCGUGAACGAGGGGUACAAGUUCCACUUCCCCGAAAAGUCGGUCGUGACCGUCUGGUCCGCCCCCAACUACUGCUACCGCUGCGGCAACGUGGCCUCCAUCAUGACAGUCCCGUCGACGGCCGACAGCAACAGCCCGCUCGACGCCGGCACGCGCUUCUCCAUAUUCUCGGCCGUGCCCGACGACCAGCGCCACAUCCCCGGCGGGCGGCGCGGGGCGGGCGACUACUUUUUGUAGUUUGGGAGGGGGGGGGCUGCGUACUUACUUCU